AUGUCUUUGCUCUCCCUCCCACAAGAGCUUCUCGAACAAAUAUGCCAAGAAUUCUGCCUCCACUGCCAAAAUGCCCCGUCUCACCAAAAGUCCUACUUUAACGUCGCAGACCAAACCAUGACGCCUCCCGAGAUAAAGUCUCUCGUCGCCCUUCGCUCAACAUGCAAAGUCCUGGCGCACAUAGCGCAACCACACUUGUACCAACGCCCGGUAGGAAAAUACUUCUCUGGCUUCGUGCAGAUGCUGAGCAAGUACCCGGAACUAGGGCAUCUGGUGAGACAUCUUUCCGUGGCUCGAGUACUGUUGCCGCACGGGCACUUGGAUGGUUGGAUGGACGGUUUUCUGGAAUAUGUGCCUUCGUUUCUGGAGAGCUGUUACCAUAUGGAGGGCACGGCCCUCUAUGAGGAUGCACGAAGGUGCGAGUUUAAUCCUCUGCCCAAGUCUUUGGUUGAACAGUUUGAUCUUCCGACAUUGACCACGUUUGAUGAUGAGCGAGAGGCGUUAUUUAUCACGCUUGGAUUAUCAUUUAUGCCCAAUCUGGUAAAACUUGAGAUUGGUCUGGGUAAUCAUUGGUCCUUUCGAUGGUGUCGACCUGAUUCUCUGCCGUGUUUGCGGGAGCUUGUUAUCUCGGAAUGGAGUCCGCCGCUGAUACCAAAUGGUGGCGCCAUUCGUGGAUUAUUGACAGCCGCCCCGGCCUUGGAAAGGCUCGAGUUGAACCAAGUCACUCGUGAGAUCCCCGAGAGUGAGACAUUUUAUCUCAGCCACGCAAACCUCAAAGACCUUGUCAUCAACGCAUCCACUCUUUCGUCACCCAACCUCCGCAUGAUCAUGAACGGCUUUCCGAAUCUACAGACAUUCCACCUUGGCUGGAUGCUCGGGAUGUAUUGGCUCGGACCCGACAGCGAGACGCCCUGUGGAAGCAUCUUGACCGACGUAGUACUUCAAAGGAAAGAUACCCUGAGAUACUUGUCACUCGACCUAUCGGAGGCUGACGACAUGCGUGGAAAGAAGCUUCAAGAUCUUUCUGGAAUGGCUGUUCUCGAAACACUUCAUAUCGACAGGUCAAUGUUGACGGAUGAGUACGACGAGGGACCUCACGACCAGGAUAUUUCUGAUAUUCUACCGCCCAGCAUCAGAGAGUUUGGACUCAUGGGGAAGGCGGACAUGUGGCUGUACGAAGAAGUCUUGCAUAUGAUCAUCAUGAGACGCGAAAAUCUACAAAAGGUGAUCGUCGCGAGUGAGGAUCUACAAAAGGAGGAAUGGUCCCAUUGGGUUAAUGUCUUUGCCUCGGCUUGUAACAAGUCAAAUAUAGAGUUUUUCACGCAGGAGCCGUCACAUUGGACAGCACUUACCGACUACCCUGACUGGAGAGAUGAUGAAGAGUUCGAGGAGCCGUGA